ACUUAAUACAAUUUUAGAAACUUCUUUUAAAUCUGAAAAUUUUCAAAACUAUCCUUCAAUAAUUAAAACAAUUAAAGAGUGUAAAUCUUUAGUUACAUAUUUUAAACAUAGCUCUUUGCAUUUAAAAUUAGAAAAAUCUUUAAAACAAGAAACUGAAACUAGAUAG